AUGUACGGCUCAUACGGAUCAACGAGCUCGACGAGCAGCUCCUACUCGCACUCCUACAGCCCCUAUGGCAGCUACCACACCAUGGCCUCUCCCAUGGAUAUCGCUGCCAGCCCAUUUUCCACCAGAGGACUCGACGCGACCUGCGCCUUCCCAUCAUGGCCGCGCCGGGAGUCUUUCUGCGAGCAGGAUUCUUAUGAGGGACGGGUUUCGUCAUACAUCUCGGACGACGACCUCCUUGGCGCCAGCGACAUGUACGAGGACGACUCUUCCAGCAACGGCAGUGCUUCCCCCAUCCAGUCACCACCCACUCAAUACCCCACCGAGACCGAGCUCCUCGAGAUGCAACGUGAGAGGGCGGCAUACCAGCGCGAGGUGAUGCGCCUCGUCCUCGCCGAGAAGGAGAAGAGGAAGCAGCAGGCCAAGCGCAGGGCUAGCGCCACCAAGAAGAGCAAGUCCAGCAAGCUCACUGCCAUGACUCCCAUCUCCGAUGCCGAGGCGUGGGUGGUGGAUAUGGGGUAUUGGGUGUCAACGGUCCCAUUGCAACCUCCUUUAACCGCCUUCCUGAUUUUGACUCACAUCUCAUCGUCACCGCCAUCAUUCUGUGACGCAACGUGGUCAAAGAGCUUGACUGUUCUGCCGAGGCAGCAACAGCAGGAUUUUUCCCUCGUUUCGCGGGCCCUCGGCGGUCAGACUCCAUCCGAGUAG